AUGCCGCCGGCCAGCGCCUCCCCGCCCAUCUACGCGCCCCGGCCCUACGCCUCCCCCGGUCGGGGCCCGUCCGCCUAUCCGCCGUCACCUGCCCCCGCCCCGAUCGCCCACACGCCGCCCCAGUUCCCCUCCACCACCACCACCACGACCGCGUCCUCCCCCUACGCGCACCGCUCCCCCUACGGUCCGAUCCCCCCGCAUCCUCCCCCGCCCGCCCCGGAGUCGCGCCCCGUGCCCGCACCCGCACCCACGCCCGCGCCCGCGCCGUCGCCCCCCCAACAACCGGCCCCCACCCCAACCCCGGCGCCCGCAGCGACUCCGACAGCAGUCCCGGCCCCAACUGCGGCCGCGCCGUCCGAACCCCGGGCUCCCGCCUCGCCGGAGCCGACCCCGAUGGAUGUGGAUGCGGAGCCGGUGACGGGGUCCAAGGCCCCCAAGAAGGAGCCUAAGGGCAGCGCGACCGCGCCGUCGUCCAACGCGCCCUCCCCCAAGGCCGCCCGCCCCUCGCGGGAAGCGCCCCCGCCCCUGCCCCAAGGGUCCGGGCUGAUCUCCAACGCCCUGUUCGGGGUCGACGACGGUGGCGCGACGGACGAGUCCACCUCGCGGCGCCACCCCAGCAUCGUCCUGCAUAUCCCGCUGCAGUCGGGGUCGGGCAACCACAUCGUGAAUUUUGCCCGCCUGGCGGAGGAGCAGUACGGCUUUGCCGCCCUGCACCCCCGGUUGGCCGCCCACAAGGAACGCCUGGCCCGCGUAGCCGCUGCCGGUGCCGCUCUGGAGCGGCAGGACCGACCCGGCCGCAGCGGUCUCUCGGCGGGUGAGAGCGCCGACGAAGAUCUGAGCCUGGAGAUGGACCGGGAGAGCGACCUGGACGGCGAGACGGGCUCCGCGGCCGCCCCCGCCCGCACCAACGGCACCGACGCCGCGGACGGCCAGAAGAAACGCCGCCGGAAGAAGAUGGAGGAGUAUGACCGAGACGAUCCCUUUGUGGAUGACAGCGAGCUGGCCUGGCAGGAGAGUGCCGCCGCCAGUAAGGAUGGAUACUUCGUCUACAGCGGACCGCUGGUCCCUGAGGGGGAGAAGGUGCAAGUCGAACGCGCGGAUGGCACCAUCAAACGUGGCCGGGGCCGCGGACGUGGUGGUCGCAGUCGCGGACCACCGGCGGCGCCGCAUCAGGUCCCCUUGGCCGCUGCCUCCGUCCCCAUCUCCCAAGAGACCGGUCUCCCGCUCCGCGGCCCGGGCUCCCGCGGUGGCAGCACGACGCGUCGGCCGCGGCCGCGCCCGCGCAAGUCCCAACCCGACGAUGCGGACAAGUCGGGCGGCGGGUCGACCCCCUCCCAGGGUCGGGGCGGGGGCACGGCGGGCCGUGGGGGUGGAUCAGCAGGGUCGCGCAGCAGCAAAACGCCGUCGAUGGUCGAGCUGGCGCCACGACCAAACAUCGCUCCCGCGCCCCCGGGGCCCAGUCCUUUGGCCGGAUCCGAAGUGAUGUCGAAAUAA